AUGCAGUUCUUUUUUCCCAAGAAGCACAAGCACCACAAGAUCCUCCUUUGGUUGAUGGCCGGGGAGUUCCCGAUCACCAUCGUAAUGCUGACAUUAACCGGUAUCGCCUCCCACAAUCUAUACCGGACAUUAUUAUGGCAAGAUGGAGCAGACAAUGGAUUCAACAGUGCUCCAAACGAGGCACUAUAUGCAGCAGCAAACUACAGAACAUUCAAGCCCCCCAUGGUUUGGUCCGGAUUCAUCACCAAUUACAACCUUGUCCUUGGUGUUCUGAGCACCUUCUUCCUCAUCACAAAAUUACCUACUCACUGGAUGAACCUAUUUUAUCCUCCUGUUGCGGUCGCCGUCCACAUGUCCUUGAUCGUUCUGUAUCUCGUGUCAGCAGUGUAUCAGGCUGGGUCUGACAUGUCAGACCCCAGGCAUCCCCAGUCAGGAGCCCCGUGGUACAUUGCGAAGAGUUGCAGCGUCGCAUUUAGAAAGUCCAAUAUUGGAUACUGCAUGCAAGCUAAAGCGCUCUUUGCUGUGACCGUCAUCAUGGUUAUCUACUAUACAGUUAUUCUCGGCUUCAAUAUCCACUCCUGCUUUAUAACGCCCGAAGAACGGGCAGAGAUCCUGGAACAGAGAGAAGAGCGUCGCAUCGAGAAGGAGUUCGAAGAAGAGAUCAUCAAGUCUCCCGGCAUGAUCCCCAUGACCCCCGGCUCAAUGCCUCGAGGACCAGCCAUGGUUCCCCGCACCCCUGGUGUUCCACCCAUGGCCGUUGGAGGAAAUAUCUCACCCUUCACCCCCCGCACGCUGGCCUUCAACCGACUUGGUAAUGGCAGUACCGCCUCGGACCUCCCUCUAAGAGACAACUCCCACGUGCCUCAGCCCCAAUACACAUCCCUGCAUUCGCAUGAAGUCAGCCCCCAGAGUUCGGUAGCGUCACCGAUGUACUUCCCUCCGCCGCCAAAGAAGGCUGCCAAGUCCUGA